AUGAACCGCACAGCCGAAAGCAACCAUGGUCGCCCAAGAGAAACCGGCAAAGUCCUGUACGACUACGAGCUCGCCAACGCACCCGGCAAGUCCGUCGUCGGCCUCGAAGUAGUCUAUCCCCCCAAUGGAUUCACCCCUCCUCAUCGACACGCCGGUGCUACGGUUGUUGCUCAAGUAAUUGAGGGGACGGUCUUGAGCGGGAUGAACGGGAACCCGCCAAGGGUGUACGAGGUCGGCGAGAGUUUCAUGGAAAUGCCCGGCUGCCAUCACACUGUGGGAGAGAACCCGAGCCAGGUUGAUGUUGCGAAGCUUCAUGCGGUGUUCAUCGUCGAUACUAGUGUUGUGAAGAAGGGAUACGAGAAUUUGACGGUGAUUGACGAGGAAUGGAAGUAG